AUGGACGCCCACCAGCUGUGCGAGCUCGAGACGCUGUGCCGCGUGCUGUACGAGAGCGCGAAUGCGUCCGAGCGCGCCCACGCCCAGCAGGCCGUGCUCGUGCUGCAGAGCUCGGCCGAGUACAUUCCCCAGUGUCAGUACGUGCUGGACCACUCGGCGUCGCCCUAUGCGCUGCUGGUUGCAAGCACGAGCCUCACGAAGCUCAUUACGUCGCACUGGAACAACUUUACCACCGUACAGCGCGUGGAUAUCCGCAAUUACGUGCUUAGCUAUUUAGCUCAAAAAGGUCCGACGCUCGAGAAAUUUGUGACGACGUCGCUGAUUCAAAUGGUCUGUCGCCUUACAAAGUACGGCUGGUUUGACGACGAGCAACAUCGUGGCAUUGUCGCGGAAGUGACGAAAUUCCUGCAAGCGACAGUGGAUCACUGUGUUAUUGGACUCCAGAUCUUGAGCGAACUCGUGACGGAAAUGAAUUUGCCAGUGGCUGGUCGCAAUAUUACGUUCCACCGGAAAAUCGCCGUGUCGUUUCGAGAAGAGUCGCUCUUUCGGAUCUUUCAAGUGGCCCUCACGUCGAUUAAACAGCUCCAGAUGCACAACUUUGGCGGAGCGACACCGCAGCAAGAAGACCGGAUGGGGAGUCAGGCACUGGCUUUGCUGAUCAAGUGUCUCUCGUUUGACUUUAUUGGUACGAACCCGGACGAGUCGUCGGACGAGACGGGGUCACUGCAGGUCCCCACGUCCUGGCGCGCGGUGAUUCAGGAACCGGACACGAUGCAAAUGCUCUUUGACUUUUAUAGCAUGACGAACCCGCCAAAUACGUCCAAGUGUCUGGAAGCGCUCAUGCUGUUCGCAUCAGUGCGGCGCAAUCUCUUUUCACCGGAUAAAGAACGGAGCGUGUAUGUGGCGCACUUGCUGAAAGGCAUUUGCGCGAUCUUGCGCACACAGGAAGGAUUGUCGGACCAGCAGAAUUACCACGAGUUUUGCCGUCUCAUCGGCCGGCUCAAGUCGAAUUACCAGCUCUCGGAGCUCAUGAAGACAGAGUCAUUCCAAGAGUGGAUGGACCUCACACCAGACUUCACAAUCAAGUCGUUUCGUCAAUGGCAGUGGUCUGCCAACUCGACUCAUUAUUUGUUAUCGUUGUGGGCACGGCUUGUGGCUGCGCUACCUUACGUGCGCCCAGACUCGGUACCGGGCUCGCCAAACUCGGGAACCAUCAACUUUUUAGACUCGCGCGUACCUCAGGUCAUUCAAGCGUACUUGCAGUCACGCCUCGAUUCAUCUGAACAGUGUGUUCUCGACGAGACAUUGGACAACCCGCUGGACGAUGAGGGUGGUCUGUACGAGCAACUGGAAAAGCUGCCGACACUGUGUCAUUUCAACUACCGGCAGACGGGAGAGUACAUUGUGUCCAUUCUAGACCCAAUUUUGAAUCAGUACGCAGAUGCUUGUAGCAUCCUGAAUCAAACUGGCGGAGCUGCGAUCCCGCCACAGCAGCAGCAACGACUGGAAAGCAUGGAGAAUCAGGUAGCAUGGCUCGUGUAUACUAUUGGUGCUAUCAUCGGUGGACAGACAUACUCAUCCACGUCAACGGAGGGUGACGAGCUUGUCGACGCGGAUCUCUCACAGCGCGUAUUUCGCGCGAUGCAGUUGACGGAGCAUCGAAUCAUUGCCUCAGGUGGACAAACGAAACCGAGCGUGCACUUUGAAUUGUCGUUACUGUACUACUUCAGCAGUUUUCGCAAAAGCUACAUCGGUGAGCAGCAUGGCAUGCCGUCAGCUCCCACGCCAUCGUCGGCUUUGCAGCCGACACCGGCUGGAUUGACUUCGUCGCCGAUUAUGGUGCCAAGCGAGAGCACGAUGUCGUCUAAGCACAAAGCGUAUUUGCGCAUGUUCGAGCGACUAGGACUGGGCGACCACACGGUUGUUGUAAACAUGAUGGUAACGAAAAUAGGCAACAAUCUAAAGUUUUGGGGCGACACUGAGGUGAUUAUUAGCAAGACUCUGGCGCUGUUCUUCGAAGUUGCUUCUGGGUAUUCGUGUGGCAAACUGCUCCUUGGUUUGGAAACUGUGCAGUACCUUGUUGGGAACCACACGGCAGAUGAGUUUCCAUUCAUGGCGGUUCCAGCAAACACGCGGCACCGAACGACGUUCCACUCAACUAUUGCGCGACUUAUUUUUACCACAGCUUUCGAUGAGUCCUCUGAGCGGUUUGAGCGAUUUAUGGAGCCUAUCGAGAAUGUUCUGAAUCAGCUGUUACAGACACCCAGCUACCGUGUGCCAGAGGUUCGGGAGGCUGUGAUAGGUGUGUGUCGUGAUUUGCGGGGAAUCGUGCAGCAAACGCACAACCGACGCACAUACAGCUGCAUUUUCGACUUGCUGUAUCCGGCGUAUUUCCCAGUGUUCGUCCGAGCUGCAGACGAGCUGUAUGACCACCCGGCUGUAACAACUGCUUUGCUCAAGUUCUUGCAGGAACUGGCUUACAAUAAAGCACAACGUGUCACGUUCGACCAGAGCUCAGCUAACGGUAUAUUGCUGUUCCGUGAGUUGAGUAGCGUUGUAGUGGCGUACGGGCGUCGGAUACAUCCGGUGCCAGCAGGAAAGAAUCCGUACGGUGAUAAGUAUAAGGGUGUGGCGUUGUGCCUGGGUAUUCUGUAUCGCGCGCUAGGUGGAAACUACGUGAACUUUGGCGUGUUCCAGCUGUACAACGACAAGUCACUGGAGAACGCGCUGGAGAUUGCAUUACAGCUCGUUCUCUCGAUUCCUCAAGAGGACUUGAUGCACUAUCCGGUGGUGAGCAAUGCCUACUUUUUCUUCCUGGAGAUACUUUUUCGCAAUCAGUUAGCGUCCGUUGUGGCGUUGGAUGACGGUAUCUUUCACCAGCUCGUGCAAUCGUUGCACGAAGGCAUUAAUUCGUACGACCUAGCAAUGGCUGCUCAGUGUGCAACGGCAGUGGAUCACUUAGCGUCAUUGUACUUCCAGGAAAUGAGAAAGAAGCGGGAUACACCUGUGAAGCACGCUUUGCACGCACAUGUACAGGUGUCGCCGAACAUGUGGUCGACGCUGUUGGCGGCGUUACUGGACGUUGUGGUAUAUGGCGAGGUGAAUGCACAAUGGGCCCUAUCUCGACCAAUCUUGAGUCUAACACUCUGCAGCGAGGAGGCGCUGACCAAUUACCAACAACAAUUGAGCUCUACGCAACCACCCGAGAAUCGUGCACAAAUCGAGGAGGCUUUUGCCGCGCUGUUUGCGGACGUGCGGCCUAACCUGGAGGCUGCGAAUCGCGACAAGUUUACUCAGAAGCUCGGUCAAUUCCGUAACACAUUGCGCAGCUUCCUUACUAUCAAAUAA